GGCAGGGAAGUGCAUGCGAGAAGCGCGGCGCAGCCAGCGGUAUGGCGAGUACGGCCUCGGAGAUCGUUGCCUUCAUGGUAGCUAUCUCGGGUUGGGUGCUGGUCUCCUCCACGCUGCCCACCGACUACUGGAAAGUGUCCACCAUCGAUGGCACGGUCAUCACCACCGCCACCUAUUGGGCCAACCUGUGGAAGACUUGUGUUACCGACUCCACGGGUGUCUCUAACUGCAAGGACUUCCCCUCCAUGCUGGCUCUGGACGGUUAUAUCCAAGCAUGCAGAGGACUGAUGAUUGCUGCUGUCAGUCUGGGAUUUUUUGCUUCUAUAUUUGCACUGUUUGGAAUGAAGUGUACAAAAGUUGGAGGCUCAGAUAAAGCCAAAGCUAAAAUUGCUUGUUUGGCAGGAAUUGUAUUCAUUCUUUCAGGACUGUGCUCUAUGACAGGCUGCUCCCUAUAUGCAAACAAAAUCACAACCGAGUUCUUUGACCCUCUUUACGUUGAACAAAAAUAUGAAUUAGGAGCAGCUUUGUUCAUUGGAUGGGCUGGAGCUUCACUUUGCAUAAUUGGUGGUGUUAUAUUUUGCUUCUCGAUAUCUGACAAUAGCAAAACACCCAGAAUGGCAUAUGCGUACAAUGGACCUACAUCUGUUUUAUCAUCUCGGACAAAGUACCAGAGUGGAGAAGGAGAUUUUAAAAACACAAGCUCUUCAAAACAGUUUGAUAAAAAUGCUUAUGUCUAAAUAGCACUGCUACAAAUCACAAAUCCAAGUUUGUCAUUAAAAUGUGAACUGUUCAUAGAAUGAUUUCCAUCAAGGUUCCACUGUAAUUAACACAAGCUAUUUUUAAAAUAUGAAUUGUAGCAUUAAUGAUUUUAUGGAUGUAAAUUUUCUUACAUAGUUAUGUACUAAUCGUUUUCUGUUGCGGCUUUCUUAUAAAAAAAAUAAACAGGUUUACUUACCAGGUAUUUUAAUUGAUCGAUUAUAAUACCUAAAAUAGGGAAUACUUUGUUAAAUACAGGUUAGCCCAUACAUAUAGUAUUUUCAAGUUAACCUUCCAAGUGGCUUAAAUGAUGAAAGCUUUGGCUUUCUAUUCAUUUAAAAUAGAAAAUUGAAUGCACCUAAAAACUCAACUACUUGAAGCCAGCUCCCAUCCCCAAACAGUAAGUGCUUAAUAUUGUUAUUUAUUGCUCCUUCUUCUUUCUCGAAGAGGACCAAUGACAUCAUGAG